GUUCAGCGAGGCUCCAGCCACAGGAACGCAGGGGGUCUGAUCUCCUCACACACUUGCGGUUGCGUGCUGCCGUGGCCUGGGAUUCUCAUGGUAUGGGGAUCACUACCUCCCCGGGUAACGCGGGUGGCCAUGCAGGCAGGCCUUCGCUGCGCGCGAACAGGCUCACGGAGGAGUGGUGGGCGAUACGCCAAGCGCGGGGGCUUUCUCUCAACCGCAGCCAAGGUGCCAUUGCCGGACAUCACUUUCGAUGUAGAAUCGGAGCCAGCGUUGCCCUUGUUGGGAGAUCUUCCGCUUUUGCUGAUUUCUCAGUCUCUAGCAUGUCCAGAGCCGGAGGGAGACGAUGACGGUGACGGCCGCUGACACCGGCCCGCCCGUUUUCAAUCGAUCACCGAGGCGCGCGGUGUUCGGGAAACCGGGCGGGAAAAGUGGCAUCCAAGAAGCAUCAUACAUUUGUCGAGGGGAAGUGAUGCUAGAGAUGUCUUGGUUGUGUGGGGAGGGGGCACUCGAACAAAGUGAGACGGAAACUGCAGUGUCGCAAAUCGGUUGGUACCCGUGGCGUCUAUCCGUUUAAGUGAUCACGAAGCAUUGUGAAGGCUGAUUUAACCCCUCGGAUACGACGAGGCGUCUUGGUUGCGGGGGCGUUCGUUUGAUAUAUCCGGACACACCUGGCGAAGGCAACGAGGUCGUUUGAUACACGGGUGGGAGCAUUUGUGCCGUCAAAUAUGUGUGAGGCAGGGUGGCCAAUGAUGUCGUUUGAUAGAAGGGCGGGGGGGGGUAUAUACCGUCAAAGGUGUGUGAGGCAAGCGUGGACGUCAUCAUCGGCGCGAAGGAACCUGCUGCGCGUGUGUGACUUCGCGCCAGACUUCUGGAACUUAUGUGCCGCGCGGUAGGGCAACACAACACGUGUUUGUUGCAAGUACGCUACGAAGACAGAUGGUACAAUAGGGUACCAUGCGGCCAUCGUCACACAUUCCGCAAUGACGAAUGGACUCACCCGUCGGGUGUAUGUCGUGCUCUGCUCUGCUGUAAUAUCAGCAAAGCGUCUCUGUUGUGUGUGACCCUCCACCACGUUCACGUGGUGCUUGGUUGCGAGUCUCACAUGUGGCUACGGUAGGUUGCACAGUAAGAGGUCGGUAUCACACACCCUGGGGAGACUUCAAAGCUCGAACUCUCGGCAAGAAGAACAACAGUGACGGCGCCGAGAAUUGCGGGUGACGUUGGAACAAACUAUCUAGUCGAGAGCUCUGUGAAAACGGAUCACUUGAACUCGGGAUGCUCCUGGUCGUCGAGUAAUCGAGCUUUGA